UCUUAACUCGCUCGGCUGUUUCAUUCUUUUCCAAUGAAGGAAUAGUUAAAGUGGAUAACAUUAGUAAAUUUGGAAUCAAUAAUGCUGAAAUAGGUCUUGCAGAGAGUAAUACUAAAAGAGUUCUUGCAGAAGAUAAGGACGCAUUUGAAGAAUAUAAGAUUAGAAAACCUAAAACCGAUGAAUCUCGAUUUAGUCUAGUUAGUAAAACAAACGAUGAAUCUGUCAAAGAUUGGUUUUUUAUAAUCAUUGAUGAAGAUGAUGAGAUUCUUGAAAUGAUCGAAGAUAAAUGCUUAGCAAGUGAAUUGUUACUUAAAAGAAUAAUAUGCAAACACAAUCACCGAGACGAAGCUGAAGAUAUUGGACAAUUUAAAAACGAAAUCAAGAAAUUUGACAAAGAAACAAAAGCGUAUGUUGAUAUUCUUCAAACAGGAUUUCUUAAUUACAUUGUUUACUCCCAUCGCUUUGAUAAGGAAAAAAAGUUCAAUCAUGCUGAAGUUGAAAAUGUGGCUAAUGUCGAUA